UACCUGCACCUGUUUGGAAAAUUACAUUAAGACAGACUUCACUACCAAAAUGUGCAUUGCUUGUCCCAGCGGUCAAAAAGCUGAGGGUUCCAAAAAGUGUGUCAAUUGUCCAUUUGGUUAUUCUGGUUUUAACUGCAAUGAAUCAUGGAAGCUGGUGCUGGUAAUCGUCGGCUCUGUGCUCGGAGGACUGCUGCUCAUCACACUCAUUCUUCUGCCUAUAGUGGCACGCAAAUCCUCAAAGAAAAGCUCCAAGAUGAACAAAAAUGCAGACAGUGGGAAACCUUACAUCAGCCACCCUCCUGCCAAUAAACCAUUGGUUAACAGCAACUUAGCCAACAGCCAACAGACCUCUGUUAACAGGCAAGCCAACGGCCUGUCAGCCUUUGCCAAUGCUGGGGUGCCCAGGAUCCCACGGGCCGCAACCACCAACAGCUGGGACAGCAGGACCAACCUGGAGAUGACUCCGAACACCAGCCGGCAAAACUUGAUCCCUGAAGGGAGGAACUCUCGUUACUACGACGACCAUGAUGACAAUCUGUAUGCUCAGGCUCGCCCCCAGACCAACCCCUAUGCCCAGAAUCGACCUGAGGUCAACCCAUAUGCUCAGAACCAAGGCCACAGAAACCCUUACUACACGCACGACGAUGGAAGAAGGUUGAAUUAAUGAGGAUGAACAAAGGUUCACCCUGCAGUAACAUUUACCCAGAUCAAAAACUCUUCCCCCUCCCCAAAUAACUGUACACCAUUAAAACACCAUCAUGCUGAGAGUUGUGGGAAUAGAAGCACAACAGUUGCAUAGGUCUUAUGCAGUAGCGUGAACUCUAUGCUGAUCCAUUAUAAGCUUUCAUAAAUCAUUCCUGUCUUUCCUUCAUUCAUGUUUGGGAUAUGAUAUGCACUGUAGGUCUUUACAAAAGGUUGUUAAUAUUAUUGUUAAUUAAUUAGAAUAUUACUCUCUUAAGAAUGUCUAAUUGUUUAUUGACAUUGACACCCAGAAAUGACGAGCUGUUGGAUAUCAUUGCACACAUAAUGUUUCACUUGUCUAUGAAUUUACAACUUCUCAUUAAAUUUUUUUGUUUCACUCAGUUUUUGUGAAUGAGAUGAAGAUAUUUUUUAUCAAAUAGAAUUGCAUGACUUAUUCCUCCAAAUGAGGGCAUGUCAGGUCCCUCCAUAUAUUUCAGGUUAUUAUUUGUGUAAAAUGUUUACUAAAUUGAAAUUGUUUGACGUUUUAUUUUGUUCA